CCUCUGCAUGCAGAUUGAUACGGGAGCAGCUGUAACACUAAUUCCUGAGAGUGUGAGGCUGAACGCAUUUCCUCAUGUCAAGUGCGAGCCAUCUCGAGUCACCCUAAAAACAUACACUGGGGAACCUGUUCCAGUAAAAGGGCAAUGCAACGUUUCCGUUACGGUGGGAAAACAGUCUUUGCGGCUACCCGCUAUUAUCGUCAAGGAUAACGGCAAGCAGCUACCAUUGCUGAUGGGGCGAAGUUGGCUUGAAAGGCUCGGGCUUGACUGGAAAAGCGUGUUUGCUAUAAAUGUAAGCGACUCUCACAAGGUAGAGGCGGUUAAAAAAAAGUUCCCAGGGGUGUUUUCUAAGCAACCUGGAAAAGUAAAAAACUAUCAAGCAAGGAUAGUUUUAAGCCAGAAUUGUACGGCUAUUUUUGGCAAGGCCAGAAACGUCCCAUUUGCGCUUCGAGAUAAAGUGGAAGGCGAGCUAGAAAGGCUAGAGAAAAGCGGUGUUAUACGCCCCGUAAAUCGGAGCGAUUGGGCCACGCCAGUAGUCGUAAUCCAAAAGAAAGAUGGUUCACUGAGGCUGUGCGGGGACUACAAAGUCACCAUUAAUCCUGUUUUAAAGACCGACCACUACCCAUUGCCUAGACCGGAAGAUUUGUUCUCUGCCAUAGCUGGCGGCAGAGUGUUUUGUGUGUUGGAUCUUUCGGCCGCGUAUCAGCAGAUUCCGCUCACUGCCGAGUCCCGACCACUGCUAACUAUUAAUACGCACAGGGGGCUGUUCGAGUUCCAGCGCUUAUCAUUUGGGGUAGCCAGUGCGCCAGCCAUUUUUCAGUCCUUCAUGGAUGAGGUGCUCAAAGGCAUACCGCACGUGGGAUGUUACAUAGACGACGUCAUUGUGUCGGGAAAAGACUUAGCCGACUGUCAAAAAACGUUGGAACUAGUCCUGCAGCGGCUGAGUGACUACAACGUGACACUGAAAGAGGAAAAGUAUUUCGAGCUCUCCAUGCGGGAGCAGCAGCAACGUACCAAAGUGCAAAAGGACAUGUCUAGGGGGGUUCCGUGA